CAACCUCAUCAUCGUCUCUUGGGUUGCGUCGCCUGACGCGGAUACUUCACAAGAUGCAACAGAUCUUUCCCAACAAAUUGAUCGAGCGCUGUUCAUUUAAAACAACGAGUCGCGCUUUAGAUGAUAUGCAAGCAAGAUGAAGCGUAAUUUUGCCAAGAUUCCUGUUUGUAUUUUAAACUUAAUUGAUUGAGGAAUAAUGUGCGCUCUUGUGACAGCUCGACGGGAUUUGCUUAUUCAACAAAAAGGUGACGAGAUAUUUAAAACAUAUGAAACAGGGAUUAUUUCUGUAAACAUGUUUGACUUGUGCUUGAAUCAGAUUGUUUUAUCAAGCUGUCAGAUUGCGAAGCGCAUGCAUGGUAAUUGAAAUGAAAUGCGUACGCGCUGAUUUGAGUCCUGAAGCUCGGGUUGCUGCGCAUGUUUGCCAUAUAGACUUUUCUGUUUAUGGACUGAUUUUUAAUCUACUGGUUUUUACUAUCAUGCCCCAAAUCUCGUGAUUUGAACGCCAAAGAGGAAGAACACAAGUUCCCACCCACAGGCUGAGUUUCUCUUAUAACAGGUGGUUCCUGAUGUUUCCAAGGCUGAAUUAUGAUGUUAACAGGACAAACUAUCCGCAGUUGCUUCACUUUAUCAUCAAAUUACAACUUUACUAGUGAAAGCACAGGUUUAGCGUGCAAAUAGUGUCAUUAGAUAAAAACCUCUCCAUCCAAAUCUAUGAUCAGCUCGGUGUGUGUUUCGUCGUACCGCGGGCGCAAGUCGGGCAACAAACCUCCUUCCAAAUCAUGUCUGAAGGAAGAGAUGGCCAGAGGCGAAGACUCGGAAAAGAUCAUCAUCAACGUUGGUGGCACGCGUCACGAGACAUACCGUAGCACCCUUAGGACCCUGCCGGGUACGCGACUGGCCUGUCUAGUCGAAACGGACCCGGUGAAUCCGGACGCGGUACAGACCUCCACCAACGAGUUAUUUUUCGACCGACAUCCUGGCAUAUUUGCCUAUGUGCUCAACUAUUAUAGGACAGGCAAGCUCCACUGUCCGGCUGAUGUGUGUGGCCCUCUUUUCGAGGAGGAGUUGGCAUUUUGGGGCAUUGAUGAGACCGACGUGGAGCCCUGUUGCUGGAUGACCUAUCGCCAGCACAGGGAUGCAGAAGAGGCGCUUGAUAUUUUUGAGCCACCCGAUCCGGAGGAUGCUGAGGAUGAGGACGUGCCCAGGUGCUUCGGCAUCGACGACAGCACAGACCGUUCCAGGGGAUGCUGUGUAGUUUGGCAACCAAAGAUAUGGGCGCUCUUUGAAGAUCCAUAUUCUUCUCGUGCCGCCCGGAUAAUCGCCUUUGUCUCUCUCUUUUUCAUCUUGGUGUCCAUCACUAACUUUUGCCUGGAGACCCACGAGGCCUUUAAUUACCUUCACAACUGCACUGACGGCACCAUAGAGGUGAAGACCAUACCAGCACUGACAGUAGUGGAGGGAAUCUGUGUGGUGUGGUUUACCUUCGAGUUCCUGGUCCGUAUCAUAUGUUGUCCGAAUAAAAUUCUUUUCAUCAAGAAUCUGCUGAACAUCAUCGACUUUGUUGCCAUUUUGCCAUUUUACCUGGAGAUGAGUUUGAGUGGCCUCACAUCCAAAGCUGCCAAGGAUGUUCUAGGCUUUCUCCGCGUGGUCCGUUUCGUGCGAAUUCUACGGAUUUUUAAGCUAACCAGACACUUCGUAGGUCUCAGGGUUCUCGGCCACACUUUGCGGGCGAGCGUCAACGAGUUUUGCCUUCUCAUCAUCUUUCUCGCCCUAGGGGUCCUUAUAUUUGCCACCAUGAUCUACUAUGCCGAACGUAUCAGUGCAGAACCCGAUGACCCUAUUGGUAACAGCCACACGCAUUUCAAGAACAUUCCCAUCAGCUUCUGGUGGGCAGUGGUCACCAUGACAACACUGGGUUAUGGAGAUAUGUACCCUCAGACGUGGCUGGGCAUGAUGGUUGGUGCGUUGUGCGCGAUAGCGGGCGUGCUAACCAUCGCCAUGCCAGUGCCUGUCAUUGUUAACAACUUUGGGAUGUACUACUCGCUGGCUAUGGCCAAACAGAAGUUGCCCAAGAAGAAAAAGAAGCACAACCCAAACCCAGAUACGGUGAUUGACUCUGUGUCAUACGGGAAGUCCGAAAGCAACUCGCCAAGGAACAGCACACAGAGUGACACGUUCCCCCUCGCCGCCGAGGAGAUCAUCGGAAGAAACCGUUCAGAUUCAAAGCAGAAUGGCGAUGCUAAUGUAACUCUCUCAGAAGAAGAGGGCUGCAACCCGAACCAGCCCCUCUCUCCGGGUGAGAAGUGGACCCUACGAUGCUCACGCAGAGACAAGACCAUUAAAGAGGCUUCUUGCUGACUUCUGGAGACUUUCCUGCAUAGCCGAACCCACCAUUCACACAGAGAGCUGCAGAGAUGCAAUCACAUCCCCUGCAAACUAAACUACACACAAGCAGAAGUCGCCACACUGACCUGAAGACGCAAAGUGGGUGAUAACUUUCAUGUCUGUAAAGUGGUGACACCCCUGUUGGCUAUUACAGUAGUCAUCACCAUGCACAUCUGUUAAUUUUCAAGUCUGUUUGUAUGACAGAGCUUGUAAUACAUUCGGUCAAAUGUAACAUUAAUGCACUUUAAAUCUGAUUUAUUUCAAUUUUGUUGAGUAUUACCUGAAAGAUCAAUGUUGACACCAUUGUUGAAAGUUUACCAUCCUAUGCCCAUUAUCUCCAAGGCUAGUUUGCAUCCUUAAACCUGAAAAUAUUCAACUUUUGCUGAUUUAUACUUUUAAAGGGGCCAUGGCAUGAAAAUCUUUUUCCAUGUUUAAGUGCUAUAAUUAGGUUCCCAGUAGGGAUGUCCCGAUCCGAAAUGCUGGAUCGGUAUCGGGUCCGAUCCGGGCUUUUUGGCUGGAUUGGACAUCGGAUCGAGGACCGACAACAUGACAGAUCCAAUUCCGAUAUGUGCGUUAGCCGUGGUUGUUACUGACAAGCUAUUAAAAGGACAACGUAUUAUAAAAGCACCAUAAACGUUUAUGCACUAUAUUUAAAGUCUUUUAAUACACUCAAUAGCUUCAUGUGAAGGAACAAACGCACAUUUAAAGAUCUUUAAGUUUACAGAAACAUUGUAACUUACUUGCAAACUGAGUUAAUAAUCCACUGGUGAAGAGGACGGAUGAAACGCGUCAUUCACACACGCAAACACAAGAUAACUGCAGGCUUUAUUAAAGAUCUGAUUUUAUAAAGUCUCUGUAAGCCAUCGGAUGGAUGCAAUUCACUUUGUCUUGAGCACACGAUGCAUCUAUUCUCUUUGUGUUUUAACAGUUAUAAACUUUCCAUUGCGGUGCGAGGAUUCCCAUGAGAGGAUGCUUCAAGGGCAUCAUUUCUGCACCCAGAAAGCCCAUAAACGACCAGAAAGCCCAGUAUAUGACUUAGGCGCAUCAAUUCUGCACCUAUAAUGUGCAUAAAAAGUCCAGUAAAGUGCAUAAUUCCCAAAAUAACCAUCUGCACACUAAAGCUUUUUUACUAUGACAGUUUUACGCAAUUAAGAAAAAUUAUUUAGCAUACUUAAUUGAUCAAACGUACCUAUUAUAUGUUCUCCUAAACACUGUCAUGAUUAAUAUUUACUAAUGUUUCCUGUAACUUGUAAAUCAUUUUAAAUUAUUGAUUUUUAAAAUUUAAAAUGACACUAGAUGUAGCAGAAAGCACUAUACACAUUUAAUUACAACAGUACCGGGCAGAAAUCGGUAUCGGCUGAUAUACGGAAUUCUGCUAUCGGAAACGGAUCGAAAAUGAAAAAGUGGGAUCGGGACAUCCCUAGUUCCCAGUGCUUCUAUCAACCUAGAAAAUGUGAAAAAGAUCAACCCGGUAACUUAGUUUUGGUAAACCAUUCUCUGCAAGCAUGUGAAAAAAUUUGGCUCUCCUUAUGAUGUCAUAAGGAGCUCUUAUUAUAAUAAUACUGCGCCUUAAUCUGCACUACACAACCACUGCCAUUUAGUGCAGAGAGAAAGAGAGAGAGAGAGAGAGAGAGAGAGAAAAUAAUUCACAGCCCAACUGAGUUUGAAUUGCGUCAAACCACCAUCAAUAUGAUCAGUGUUUGCACUUUAUCCCCUCAUUUGCAUUUUAAAGGACACACCCAAAACGGCACAUUUUUGCAAACACCUACAAAGUGGCAAUUUUAACAUGCUACAAUAAAUUAUCUAUAUGGUAUUUUGAGCUAAAUCUUCACAAAUGUGCUCUGGGGACACCAACGAUUUAUUUGACAUCUUGAAAAAUUCUUGUGACAUGGCCCCUUUAAAAUACAGUGGUAGAGCAUUACAUUAGCUGAACAAAAAGUUAUAGGUUUGAACCCACAUACUGGUAAAAUAAUGUAUACCACUGUGGUAAAUGUUAAAAUAUAAAGUCUUUCUGUUUUUGGGAAAAUAACCAAAAAUGCUAAUCAGAAAAAAUGCAGACAGAAGCAUUUCCUCAAACAACGUUUUGGUCUAAUAAAAAAAAUGCUCCCUUCACAGUACCACCUGUCACCAAGAAGAAGUAGCAAAUCAUGGUUCAUGACUGUGAUGUAAACUAAAGACUAUUUGCUGUUGUUGAAAUGAAAGGACAAACCUUUCAAAUGUCUCUCCACAACUUACUGUUACAAUGGGAUAUUUGACAAUGUGAAGAACUGUGUUGUCACUGCUGUUAUUUGUCUUUAUCUCAAUGAGCAAUAUUUCUGUUCAUACAUGUGUCAAGACUGAACCCUGUUUUGUCUUUACAACCUUUGUGACAAAAUGAAAUGAAGGAGUUUCCUUUCAUGUUCCUGUGCUAGAUAAAUUAUCAUCUAUAAAUAACAUCUCCCUUCAUGAUAACUACCUGUAGAGGCCUGACUUUAUUUGGAGAAAGGUAGAAACCGGCCUGUGUCUGUGCAGUGUUAUACUAGAGGCCACAGACCUGUAAGAAAGACCCAUUUGUCUUUGUGGAACGAACACUUGAGAUAAAAUCUUUGAAGAACUAGAGUUAAAGUUGCAUUUAUUUAAAUGUCAAAGACCAAGGCAAAGAAAAGAAUUUCUGAACAGGAAUAAAAUAUUUCACAAAGCAGCUUUAUCAAAGAGAGGAGCGGCAGCUGCAUGCUGUCUGAACUGCAAUUUUCUCAAAUCUAAUUUACAUGAAGUCCUACUUCAUUUGAAAUCAUCAGCCAUUGAUUUUCAUAGCGACGCUGGUUGAGAUUGGACCAAAUUCCGAAAGUUUGUUUUUUAUGUACUGCUCUGUUUGUUGACCGUACUAACUUUUAUUUUUGUGAGUACACACUGUAAACCCUGUCCAAGUUGUGCCUACUGUCUUGUAAUACUAAUAAUUGUAAAAAAAAAUGUUUUCUAACAAUACAAAAAUAGGCUUACUGUAUAUUGGUGAGGUGUCAAUCAUUUUUGCACACAUGGACAAUAAUGUUUGUGAGGCUUUUUUUGUUUGCCGGUGUUUGCCUCAUGUUUCAGAAAGUGCAAGAUAUCUUAUAUGGAAAAUAUACAGAAAAUGACACCAUAUAAAUAACAAUUUUACUAUACUGUAUGUAGCAGAGUAUCACAAUCAAGCAAGAAGAUUUAUUUCAUGUCUACUUAUUCAUUUUUUAUAGAGUUUUCAUAAUGGUUCAGUAUCUGCCUUUAGCCAGUAUGUUUGUGCAUUUCAGGGAUGAUGUAACAUUAGAAAGAGACUUUUAUUAAUAGAUUAUAUGGUACAGCACUGUAACUCUUUUAAAUGAAAUCGUGUUAAAUGUCUAAAGAAAAGCAGUUCAUAUCCUGUAUUAAGUAUGUGUGUCUAUGCAUUUCUGCAGGAGUACAAAUAAAAUCUAAAUAUUUAA